AUGGACAAUGGACAUUUCUUUAUAGAUGAUACUGGUACCCAUCAACUCACUGCCCUGGGCCCCCCUAAGGGUGCCCCCUUGGUGGGCCCUUGGGCCAGGCUUUUGGCCGAAGCCGCCUUGGAGCAGUUGGAAUUUAGCGUGGCAGAGAAGGCCUUCGUUCGCUUCGAGGAUUACCAGGGCAUCCAACUGGUGAAGCGGCUCCGAUUGCUGGACGACAGGGUGAAGCAAAAGGCCGAGGUGGCUGCCUAUUUCCAGCGCUUCGAUGAAGCAGAAAGCCUCUACCGCGAGAUCGAUCGCAAGGACCUGGCCAUUGAUCUGCGGGUGCGUCUGGGCGAUUGGUUCCGAGUCAUUCAGCUGGCGCAUGGAGCCAAUGAGGACUUACUGCAUCAAGCCUGGAGCGCCAUCGGUGACUACUAUGCAGAUCGUUGCAAGUGGCACAAUGCAGCCAACUACUACGCCAAGGCUGGAAACAAUGCAGCUCUGGUCGAUACCUACUACUUCCUGGAGGACUACGACGCGAUGGAGCGAGUCAUCCCUUCACUGCCGAAGGCUCGCUAUGGCAGUUUUUGCAGCCCGCUCUUGACGGAGGUUGGCAACAAGUUCGCCUCUGUGGGGCUGUGUGAGCAGGCCGUUGCAGCCUUUCUGCGACAUGGAGAUGUGAAGACCGCGGUUGACACGUGUGUCCUUCUGAAUCAGUGGGAGCUGGCUGUGAAUCUGGCGCAGCAGCACAACUUUCAACAGAUCGAAGGCUUGCUGGCGAAGUAUGCACAGCACCUGCUGGACAAGAAUAAGAAGAUUGAGGCAGUUCAGCUGUACCGAAAAGCCAGUCGACACACGGAGGCAUGGCUCAGUCUUGGCCGUGCAUUUGGACUUCUGGAGAGCCUCAACGGUUUCCGGGGCUCGUUGAUUCAGAGUCAAAAGGCCAUCCUGUCGCAGCUGGACAGCGAGCUGGAGAAGGUCCUGCUGUACUUGCUUGGCAUGCAUUCAAAGCAGUCGAAGAUUGAACAUAGCGGGAUUUCGGAUGGAGAUGUUGCUGAGAUACGAUUGGAUUUUGGUGUGAUCAAGUCAGUGCACGCAAGUUUGCAUUUGAUCAUUUGCCUGUCACUGUUGUGGAAGCUUGUUAGCGGAGUCUCCUAUCGGAUGCCGAGGGACGUCGCCGAACCCAAGGGGGAGCCAGCGACGAUGGAAACUAUGGAAGCUUUCAUUCGGCUCCCACACUACCAGGCUGUUUGGAAGAGACACCGCAAGGAGAUGGGUCACAUGGGUUCAGAUCAGCGCGGGACUGCAGUGGAGGAAGAUACCUCAAUCGCAUCCACCUCGCGCAAGGAGAAGCAAGAGGCUGCGAAGGAUGCUGAAGAGCGGUUUGGUGCAUCUUCAGCGUUUGCCAAUUUGAAUGCCGAGCACGCUGCAAAAUCUGUCCGUAGAUCUGCAUUCGACAACUUUACUCAGCCAGAAGACGUGCAACAUGAGCGCUGUCUUGUGAAGGUUGGAAAGCACCCAUGCUUCGAACGAGUUGCCAUGGCAGCUACAUUGCUAAAUGCAAUUUGGAUCCCCAUCGACAUCGAGUUCAAUGCUGAGCCAGCCUCAGAUGCCUCGCAGGGCUUCUUCGUGGUCGAAAACAUCUUCCUUCUCUUUUUCUCCGUGGAGCUCUUGUUGAGAUUCAUUGGAUAUUCCAGUGGCUGCAAUGCCAUCAGGGAUCCGCCAUUCAUUUUUGAUGCCGUGUUGGUUAGCAUGAUGGUUCUGGAGACGUGGUUGAUCCCCUUGGUAAGUCUCCUCUCCGGUGGCAUGAACGGCGGCACCGACGUGGCGCGCAGCGCAUCGAUUCUGCGCAUCGCGCGGGUCAUGCGGGUGCUGCGGACUGCGCGGGUGGCGAAACUGGUGCGCUACAUGCCCGAGCUGAUCAUUUUGCUGAAAGGGAUGAUGAUUGCGUUUCGAUCUGUUUUCUUUACAAUCGUGCUUCUGAUUUUGGUCACCGUGAUUUUCAGUGUUGCCAUCACCGAAGUGAGCCGCGGAACAGAGCUGCCGGCCUUGUUGUUUUCCUCGAUGGGAUCUACCUUGCUGACGCUGCUUGUGCAGUGCAUCAUGCCUGACCAGGAAGAAUCCUUCAAGCGAGCCGCAGCAGACAACUGGUUCGUAGGACUUUUAUGGUUGCUAUUCAUCCUCUUUGCUUCUUACAUCGUGAUGGGUCUCCUGGUUGGUGUCUUGGUGGAGACAGUGAGUACGGUGGCCACCCUGGAGCGUGAGCAACUGGACAUCGACUUUGCACAGAAGGUCCUGUGGGAGAUGAUCGACAAAGGCGGUGCAGAUGAAGACGGCGACAAUCGCAUCUCGGAGACGGAGUACGUGAACCUCCUAUCAAGGCCUGAGGCUGCCAAAGCAUUGACCGUGCUGGGCGUGGACAUGACGGCAGCGCUGGACUAUGGCAUUCUGCUCUUUGAAGACGGUGAACCUCUCACCUUUGCAGAAUUCAUGGAGGGAAUGCUCACCUUGAGAGGUUCCAACCACACCACCGUCAAGGACAUUGUGGAUUUGCGAAAGUUCACUUCAGACGAGUUCUCCCAACUGCACGAGGUGCUGCUGGACGUUUGCAAGUUUCUGGCAAGUCAAGGGAUGCAAACGGGGGUGGUGAAUGCGCAGAAGUCCCGUGCCACACGGAUGUCCCGUGCAAUAUCACGGAAAUAUCCCAAAUGA